UCUGUUUAUUAUGAUAUAUGAUGUGACGUUUGACAUACGAUUCCCAAUUUUUACAAACAAGUUCAAAGGUUUUUUAAUUCACAACAUUCAGAUGAAAUCGAAAAUUCGUUCCUUUUAUCGAGUCUAAAAAUGAGUUAUCCACAUAGUUAUGGUUCCAUAACGUCUCCUCCUGCAGUGGAUUUUAGUGGCAGCAGUAACAGUUCGGAGUUUAAUAGUUAUGCAGAUAAUGUAGUAACUAAUAUAUACACUAUAAAUUCAAGUAUCAAAACAUUAGACAAUGCUCUCAAAGUUAUUGGUACAAAGAAAGACAAUCAAGGUGUUCGGAAUCAGAUACAUGUCACUCAGCUCAGUACCAACCAGAUUGCCUCUGCAACGAGCAGAAAUAUCCAUAAAAUGAAAUUAAUUGUUGCAAAAGGUGAUAAACACAAACUAUUACAAGUUGAAAAGUUGGAAGGAAACUUCAAAGACACUGUUGGUAGAUACUAUAAGCUGCAGAAGGAAGUUGCCAAUAAACAGAAAUCUCAUUUACUAUUACAAGAAUAUGUUACUAGUGAAAAUGCAUCUGGAGAAGAUCUUGAACAAGAAAGGCAGGCGCAGAAAACAAGAGAAAUGGCUUUUGAGCAGGAUAUGUUAUUAGAAAGAGAGAGUAGAAUAAGACAAAUUGAAUCUGAUAUAUUAGAUGUUAACCAGAUCAUGAGAGAAUUAGGAUCUCUGGUGCACGUGCAAGGAGAAACUAUAG